AUGGACACGAGACUCAAGUACAAGGAACAUAUCGCGAGGGCAGCGUCCAAAGGCUUAGAGGCGGCGAUGGAGCUUCGGCGACUUCGCGGCCUAACCCCAGCAACUGCACGCCAGCUAUUUACAUCGACGGUGGCCCCGGUGGUAGACUACGCUUCUACCGUCUGGAUGCACGCUUGCAAGGACAAGGCCAGCGGACCGAUCAACCGAGUCCAAAGGGUGGGAGCGCAAGCAAUUGUAGGGAUAUUUCUCACAGUUGCGACCAACGUUGCGGAGGCAGAGGCUCACAUUGCUACUGCACAACGCCGUUUUUGGAGGCGGGCCGUGAAAAUGUGGACGGACAUUCACACCCUUCCAGAAACCCACCCACUCCGGAGGAGUACAGCAUGGAUCAAGAAAUUCAGGAGGUACCACCGUUCGCCGCUGUACCAGGUAGCGGACGCGCUGAAAAACAUUGAGAUGAAAUUUCUGGAAACCAUCAAUCCGUUCGUGUUAGCACCAUGGGAGACUCGCAUGCAGAGCGAUAUUGAAGCAAUGCCGGACUCGCACACCGUACCAGGCGGAUCAUUGCAAGUUGCGGUCAGCAGCUCCGCACGAAACGGCCUCGUAGGAUUUGGGGUGGCGAUCAAGAAACAGCCACCUCGAUACCGGAAGCUGAAACUGAAGACCUUCUCCGUGACAUUAGGCGCAAGAUCAGAGCAAAACCCAUUCUCCGCGGAGCUAGCAGCAAUGGCACACACAUUGAACAUGCUAGUGGGACUAAAAGACUACAGGAUCACGCUGCUCACGAGCAACAAAGCGGCGGCCCUCACGAUGAGGAACCCUCGACAACAGUCGGGCCAGGAGUUCGUCUGCCAAACGUACAAGUUGAUAACCAGACUGCAGAGAAACGGAAACCGCAUAAAUAUUCAGUGGGUCCCUACCAGCGCGGACAAUAAACUGCUAGGUCUAGCCAAAGAGCAGGCCAGGACCGCGACCCAGAAGGAUGCCGUCCCGCAAGGAUCGGCCCCCAGGAUGAAGUCAACAACACUGAAGAUCGCUCGGUCCCAAGCAGCUGCCAGCAAGGACCUGCCGGAGAAAGUUGGAAGACACGUGAAACGAGUAGAUGCAGCAUUGCCAGGAAAACACACUCGACAGCUGUAUGAUCGAUUAUCGUGGAAGGAAGCGAGCGUGCUGGCCCAACUCCGGACUGGCAUGGCCAGACUCAAUAGCUAUCUCUACCGGAUCAACGUUGCAGAGUCGGACCAGUGUGCAUGUGGACAAGCAAGAGAGACCGUGGAACACUUCCUGUUUCGAUGUCGGAAGUGGACCACACAGCGAACAGCACUACUGCAAUGUAGCCAAACUCACCGGGGCAAUCUCUCCUUCUUCCUGGGCGGGAAAUCGCCCUCUGAUAAUGAGCAAUGGGCGCCGAACUUGGAAGCUAUGCGAGCCUCAAUACGAUUCGCGAUCGCCACGGGCCGACUGGACGCCACCUAA